UUCCGGUUCAUGAUGUGACGGAAUAACCGGAUAAAAAACUAACAGGUCAUGAGUUUAUGUUCUUACUGAUGUGACAGAAGUGGGAUUUUUAAAGUUUUAUUAUCGCAUUUCCUGUUGUUUUAAUUUGCCUGUGCAAUUGUAGAAAGAGGCAUCGGAUGUUUUAGUUCACAACUGUUGAAUCAUGUUUUACACUUUGUCACAUGCUGACUCAGACUUUGAACCCAAAGCUCAUCCAAUAAAUGUUAUAACUUAUUUGAAAUAAUCGGAAAGAAUACGAUUCGCUGGUCAGGAGGUCGCACAAUACUUUCACAAUGCCACAAAUAAACAACAUCAGUGUAAAACGACCAAAACUGGACUGGAAGUUCCUUCAGAGGUUCUGCAGCAUUCUGAAGACCCUUUUCCCGUCCUGGUCCAACCAAAAUGUGCGGAUGUUCUUGACCCUUCUUGGAGUCACACUUUCAGUACAGCUCGUGAUUUAUCAAGUGGGUCUCAUUCCCAGUCAGUUCUAUGAGGUUCUGUCGGACAAGAAUUAUGGAAGGUUCAGAGAACUGGUGGCCUUUGCAGUUUUCCUCAUCCUGAUUAACUCCGCACUGAAGAGUCUGGACCAGUACAUCUGCAGCCUGCUGUAUGUGAGGUGGAGGAAGACUUUAACCGAAGAACUCCACGACACAUACUUUCAGGGUUGUGUUUACUACACCCUCAACAUACUGCACAAAGACAUCGACAACCCAGACCAGCGCAUCAGUCAGGAUGUCGAGCGGUUAUGUAAGCAGAUGAGCACCAUGGCUAGUCGACUUCUUAUUUCCCCAUUUACCAUCUCUUACUACACCUAUCAGUGCUUCAACAGUGCUGGUUGGAUUGGAUUUGUAAGCAUCUUUGGCUACUUCUGUAUUGGAAUGUUUAUUAAUAAGAUUUUGAUUGGACCCGUUGUGUCCAUGCUGGUUGAGCAAGAAAGGCUUGAGGGAGACUUCAGGUUCAAACACAUGCAGAUUCGAGUAAAUGCUGAAUCUGCCGCUUUUUACUGGGCCGGAAAAGUGGAACAAAUGCGAACCAACCAAAGGCUACAGAUACUCUUAUCCACACAGAGAAGUCUGAUGAACAAAGAGUUCUGGCUUUACAUUGGGGUGAAUACCUUUGACUACAUGGGGAGCAUCCUCAGCUAUGUUGUUAUAGCAAUACCCAUUUUUGCUGGGGUGUACGACGGCCUGACACCUGGAGAACUGAGUGCACUCGUCAGUAGGAACGCCUUUGUCUGCAUUUAUCUUAUAAACAGCUUUACACAGUUAAUAGACCUUUCAACCACUGUGUCUGAUGUCGCCGGAUACACACACAGAAUUGGAGAACUAAGGGAAGCAAUGUCUGAUAUUGCAAAGAAGCAGUGCAUCCCGGACAGAUACGAUCCACUGACAAAGAAAACAGGCCACUUCCACGGUUUCUGUUCAAGUGACAAAGAGGCUAACGACAUCCCAGCAGACACAGCGUUUGUGUUGGAUCGGCUAUCUUAUAGAUCGCCCGUCUCACAGGAGCUUCUCGUGAAGGAUCUGACCAUAAGGAUCACUCAAGGAGAGCACCUGCUCGUGGUAGGAAACACAGGAACCGGAAAAACCUCCUUGCUGAGGGUCCUCAACUUCCUCUGGGAGCCAUGCAGUGGUUCUGUGGAGAUGACCACAUGUUUUGGACCGAGGGGCGUGAUGUUCUUACCACAGAAACCAUAUCUGACUGACGGCACUCUGAGAGAGCAGGUGAUCUAUCCGUUAAAAGACAUAUAUCCAGCAUCAGGGUCUGUAGAUGAUGAAAGAAUAUUUAAAUACCUGGAACUCUGUGGUUUGUCGAAUCUUCUGAGCAGGACCGGAGGACUGAAUGCGAAUCCAGACUGGAGUUGGUACGAUGUUUUGUCACCAGGAGAAAUGCAGAGGCUUUGCUUCGCCAGACUCUUCUAUCUGCAGCCCACAUAUGCAGUAUUGGAUGAAGCCACUAGUGCUCUGACAGAAGAGGCAGAAGAGCAGCUGUAUGAAGCCUGUAAGCAGCUGGGUAUGACCCUCAUCAGCGUGGGUCACAGGAGAAGUCUGGAAAAGCAUCAUGAUGUAAUGUUGCGACUGUGUGAAGGUGGCAAAUGGGAACUCGCUAAACUCAAAGAGUGAACGUUCAGAAUGAACAGGAUAAUAUUGGUCUGGACUGUGAUUAUGGGUGAAUUGAACCCAGAUAGAUUGAGACUUGAAGUGUUUUAAUGUUUACUUGACAGCGGACUGCAAUGUACUUAUUUCUAAUACAGCCGUCAAUUGAUAUAAUAUUAAGCUACUGUAUUUACUUUUAAACCAGAUUGUCUAAGCAUAUUCUGCUUUGUUCAACCUUUAUUGGUUGUUACUUGCCAAAGAAAUUAAGGGAAUUUUGUACACAACGUGUACAAAAAUUAAAUGUGAAGUAUAGUAAAUGAUCAAUCUUACAGUAAUUGUUUUAUUAAUAUUAUGAAUAAUAAAUAAUUCUAUAUUA